UCUCUGACCAGAGGGGGCUCCGUUAAGAUGGUGGGGCAGGGGAAGAGGAUGGAGAGUGGUGGGGUUCUCAGGGAGCAGGACGAGUCCGGGGGAGCCUGCCAGCCCCGCACUCUGCCACAGUGUGGUGUCCGGGCCUACAGAUCAAACAGCAGCAGUGGAGGAAACCGAGGCCCAGGGGUCAAGAAGUUCGUCAGGAUCUGGGAGACCCGGGAAAGACCCUCCUCACCACCGCCCUGGGAGCGGAGCUCGACGGAAGACCCUGGCUCUGGUCCCCGCCAGGUCACCGUGACUCGGCCACCCGGCCGCCCGACCCCGUGGAACGCAGUUAACAGUACCCACGCGAGACGCUCUCAGGCCUCCGAGUGGACACACAGCAGGUCCGGAGGGGCCCGGCGCCUGCGCUGGAGCCUUGGCUGCCUCACCCUCCAGGGCCCCGCUCGCCCUCCCCGGUGGGUUAGGGCUUCCUUCCCCUCGGUCCUCAAACGCCGGGGCUCCCUCUGGGGCUCCAGGCCACCUCCACGCCCUCUUCCCCUCUCCUCAAAAGUCCGGGGUCCCUCGCGUCUGGCCGCGCAGCCUCAGCACGUGCCCGACAUUCCACAUUCGUCCCCCACAUUUCCCAGCGUCCCUUGCAGGUGGGCUGAGGCCACGUGACACUUCUGGCCAAUGAGCUAGCGGCGAGGCGCGACCACGCCCAUCACCUCCGGGCUGGGGCGCAGGCGCGGGUGUCCCGGGCCCGGCCUCUCGCGGGGGCCGCGGCGGUCCUCGUGGGUGCAGACGGCGGAUCUGAGGUGGAGGGCGCCGGGGUCUCCGACUCACUGGUCGGAGCUUAUCCUCUGCCAGCCCCCUGUGAACU